UUGCUAACCAUAUUUAUACAAAUGUGUGUAUAUAAAUACGAGCAACACCAAAACAUCUACUCAAGAAAAAAGAAAAAGAAAAAAAAUGAAAAAUCUCUCAGUUUUUUUAUUUGUUUUGAGUCUUUGCAUGCUUCAUCAUCAUGUAUCAGGCGCUGGAAUCAGAAUCGCAAACCAACUUAAAUCGAAUAAACUUCUUUGGAUGAGGUGUUAUUCCAAAAACGACGUAAUUGGUCCAAAAAUAAUACCAAUAGGACAAAAUUAUACAUUUUAUUUUGGGGUUAACGUUUUUCAAACAACUCGUUUUAUGUGUACUCUAAAACAAGGGCCUAAUUAUAGACACUAUCAGAAUUUUACAGCAUUCAAGGUUUUAGAUACCGGAGGUAUGUGGGAUUGGAGAGCCAGAGAAGAUGGGAUUUAUUUAGAGAAAGAAUUUGGUUCAUUUGCUCAAAACCCAGUUAAUAUGCAUAAAGAAUUUGACUGGAUAAAUUAAAUUAGUUAACAAGAUAUCUAAUAAAAUAAAACAGUUGUAUUACGAUUUUAAAGAAGAAUAAAG